AUGCCAUCCAGCCAUCGUCUUUCAGCAACAAUUCUCAUAUUUCUCAGUUUAACUUAUAUUUCAAGUUCGUCAAAUCUAGUAGAAGAUAUCACUGAUAAACAAGAUUCAUCGGAGGAUGACGAUCAUUUACAGACAUUCCCAACACCUCCUCCAAUUGGAACAACAACUGCUUCUGCGGAUUCUCUAUUUAAUCGAAUGAAUAAAAUAUUAAGAAAAGAAGAAAAACAAAAAUCUCAAAACUUUCAGAUUUUCAAUGAAAAAGAUUUGGUGACCAAUUCAAAUGCGAAUCCAUAUUUUUCAACAACUCGGAAGCCCAAAAAUCGAUCAGAUUCUUCACAAAAGGCACGGGAUCCUGAUCCACAAAAUCAAGUGAUUGCAGGGAUUCCCGAUUUGAGUGAUCCAUGUUUCCGUCGUUACGAGAAUUCGAUAAUUGUGAACGCUCAACCGUAUGAAAGAAGAUCAUCGACUGGCUUAAUCCAUUGUAAAUCUCACUGCUUGAAUAGCCAAAUCGGUGUUUAUAGCUGCAGAUCGUUCGUUUAUGACAAUGUGAAUCGGGUGUGCGAUCUAUUUGCCCACGUCGGAGAUCAGGCUCCAGCUCGUUUGCUGAAAUUUCAGACUCGUGACUAUUUUGAGCCAACUGAUAUUGUUCAUUGUUUAUCAAUGAUAAAUGGAGAAUCAUCAUCAUCAGCUCCUUCUUCAGAAGAUGAAGAUUCUCCUCCAAGUCCUCCACCAUCUGCUCCAAUUGUUGCUCUUGCAACAAAUACAGAUAAAAGAGAUGAACACGAAGAAAUGACGGAAACAAUUGAAGAUAUUACUGUUGCUUCACCAUCAUCAGAUAGUUGUCCACGUGGAAAACAAUCUACGUUCUUGAGAACUGAAGGAUUUGAGCUUUUUAGCCAUGAUGAUCAGGAGUUGGUUGUUGGAGAUGUUGCAGAAUGUGCAAAAGCCUGUAUUGAAAAUAAGAUAAAUGGUGUUGCACUAAAAUGUAAAAGUUUCGACUUUCUUUCCUCCACUUCAACCUGUGCAUUUACUUCUGAAGCAGCUGUUCCUGUUGGAAAUGGUCAAUUGAAACAAAGAGAAGAUGCGUCUUAUCACGAGAAAAUAUGUGUAUCGAAAAGUUUUGUGGAAUCAUGCCCAUCCACAUUCUUCUCUCGUCAUCCUCAAAUGAUUCUUGUUGGAUUUGCAGAAUCAGUUUCAGAUUCUCCAUCUUUUGAACAUUGCUUUGACACGUGUCUUAAUAGUUAUCAAUUGUUCGGAUUUAAUUGUACUUCGGGAAUGUACUAUUUUGAAGAAAAUCAACUAAAUUGCAUAUUGAAUUCCGAAAAUCGAAAUACGCAGAGAGAACUUUUCACGGAAGAAAAUACGGAUAUUGUUGAUUAUUUCGAAGUUGAGUGUACAACUCCACGCUCAAAACAAUCGAAAAGGAAAAUGGCUGGGGUUCGGAACUUUGAAACUGAUGCGAUUGGAGCUGAUAAAAUGGUGACAGACCACGAAGAUGUAGAGGAGGAUGGUUCAAAAUGGGAAAGUUGGUCUGAAUGUCAAGAUGGAAAACAGACAAGACGAAAGAUUUGUGCUAAUUUUAAUCAAAUCGAAGACUGCGCCGAAGAAGUUCGAGAUUGUGUUGACGAAAUUGAUUCAACUGACAUGAGAAUGUCAAUUAAAAGAGCUGGAGAAUUAGAAAAUAAUGAUCACGAACAAAUUGAAGAUAAUAAUACUGAUGCGUCUGAAGACCCAGUGCCCACAAAAGAAGAAAUCGCAGAAGUGAAGCAAAAGAUACGUCGAACUGGCUUCAAAUGCCCAUUAAAUGAGUGCUGUCGUGUAUUCCUUUCGUGCUCCUAUGGUCUCCGUCAUAAUUCGCAUACAAAACAGUUGGAAUGGUGCAGAAGGCCAUGUGAUCCAAGUUUGAGCUCUUUCAAGAGAUCAAGGCUUCUUAGGUAGCAUAUUUCUCAUUUGAACGCAUUAAUUUUUUCUAACGUUCUUCCUUAUCCAUGAUACUCGACGAUUAUAAUAAUUUGUUGUACAUAAUGUGAUUCCUUAAUAAAAUUUUAUUGAAU